GUAAGCUGAUUAGGGGAUAAUUAGACAGACACAGGUGUGCGGUGUUUCUCUUGAUAAAAAUGCGCCUCUGCUCAAUCUGUGUGUGCUUUCUAGUGGGUCAGACAGGAGGAGCACUUACAUUCUGCACUAAGUUGCUUUUUUCCAGUGGCAUUUAUGGAGGCCUUGUAUUUUUGGGUUAGUCUCCUUGUUGGACUCUGUAUUGGGUCAUCUGUUGCUUUUCCACCCAUACAUAAUACACAAGAUGCUUUACUUCAAACACCUCAGAUCACAGGGAGCUCCAAACACACUGAGCAACAAAAGGCUCCAGAACAAGAGCAGGUGAAUACUGUGAGAGUGACCUGCCAUCCAGACUCCUUGGAGAUCGUCAUCACAGCUGACCUGUUUGGUGUUGGAGCUCCUGUGAAUGUGGAUGAAUUGCGCCUUGGAGUGAAGCCCAAUGAAUACUGCCGAGCCACAGCGUCUUCAGUAGAUGAGUACAGAAUCCGUGUUGGACUUGUGGACUGCGGUACCAAGCACUGGAUGACCGAUGACUUUCUGGUCUUCACAAACCUCCUCAUAUACUCUCCUGUGGCCUCUUCAGCGGGGGUGGUUCGAAUGGAUGAGGCUGUAAUUCCAAUUGAGUGUCAUUAUGAGAGGAAGUACAGUUUGUCCAGUUCUUCACUUACACCUACCUGGAUCCCCUUCAUGUCUACCCUGUCUGCAGUGGAAACUUUGCAAUUUGACCUGAGAAUUAUGACAAGUGACUGGCAAUAUGAAAGAAGUUCUAAUGUGUUUUACCUCGGUGAGCCCUUUGGCAUCGAAGCAUCAGUCAGAGUGGGACAUCAUGUGGGGCUCCGGGUGUUUCUGAGCAGCUGUGUGGCCACACUUUCCCCAGACAUAUACUCUGUUCCCAGAUAUGUCUUCAUUGAAAAUGGGUGUUUGGUUGACUCCCAGCUUCCAGAUUCAAGGUCAAAGUUCUUAACCAGGACACAAGACGAGAAGCUCCAAUUGGUCAUUGAUGUCUUUCGGUUUCAUAAUGAGGACAAAGGAGAGCUCUACAUCACAUGUCACAUUAAUGCUGUACCAGUAUUUGAUGCAGAGGCACCAAAUAAAGCGUGCACUUUUGUAAAUGGAAGAUGGAUAUCAGCUGAUGGUAACAACUACUUAUGUGGGUAUUGUAAAAGCCAAAAUGAAGUGGGCCAAACAUCCAGCAGCCCAGCCAAGUUAAGUCCUCGUGGGUUUGAGAAUGUGGAUGACGCUAAACCCUCAUGGAGGAGUGCAAUGAAGACCAAUACAGUGUGGGAACAGGAGGCCAGAGUUGGUCCAAUGAUGAUCUUGCCUGCCAGGCAAAAAAGUGGGCCUAUACCUCUGGAAGAGCUACCUUCAGUUCUCAAUAAAAUCAGCAGACCUGCACUGUAUAGCAGCCAGUGGAGAAGUGGAACAAAUGACAGAGUUGAUCAGAAAAAGGGACUGCUUCCUGGUUUAUCAUCUACACCAGACCAGGUGGUGGUUCAGACUCUUGGUUCUGAGCAGAAUAAAGAUCUAAAAGGUAAAAUGUGAAACCAUUCUAAAAAUGGCCCUUUGGCAUGUGCUUUUUCAAACCUAGUUUCUCUAAUUCCAGAUAAAGAUGCUGAGGAAAAGUCAUCCCCCGAGGCCCAUCUGAAAACAAAGGCGGCAGUGCUGGACAACACAACAGCUCUCAAUGACGUCAGCCCGACUGCUCAGUUUACUCUGGCUACCAAACUGUUGAAUGGAACUGCGGCAGAAUAUAACAUGACAGACCCAAAAUUAAUUGACCAUUUAGAAGAUGGGACUUCCUUCUGGGAUAUUUUUGGGAUCUGCAUGAAAAAGUCCCUGUUUAGACUGGCCAUGUGCUGGAGUACAAUGCUGAUUCCAGGUCACUCUUUCGCUCUGGCACUGCUGAUAUCAUUUGCUUUUGGUGUUGCAGAUGCCAUUCGAAAUUUAAAAGAUGGACCCAUGAUUGAUGCUGAAGGAAGGGAGUAUAAAUCUGCCGCAUUGAGAACUGAUGCGGAAAACCUCGGCGGACAACAAUUAAAUCACGAAGCCACUGUCCACAUACGAUGCAAAGAAGCGUCCAUGGUCAUUGUGGUAAAGGCUGACCUGUAUAAAAAUGGACGCCUUAUCUCACCUGGAGAGCUGGUUUUGGGAGGAGCCGAGCAUUCACAGAGCAGUCAGUGCCGAGUUGCUGCUGUUGGUGACUCAGAAUUUAUAAUUGAAGCUCCACUGCAAGACUGUGGCUCCGAAUUAACUAUGUCUAAGGAUUCUGUGAUCUACACAAACAAGCUGAUAAUCUCCCCAGCUGGCAGUUACCCUGGCAUUACAAGAAUGAAUAAUGCUGUCCCGGUUUCUUGUCACUAUAAAAGGACAAACAUUGUGAGCAGUAACACUCAGCAGCCUUCCCUGAUCUCCAUUUCUGCGAAGCAUCCAACACCUGCCUUCUCUCUAAAGCGGAUGACCGAUCAUUGGACGGCUGAGACGUUCUCCAGGGUCUUCUACAUUGGAGACCUCCUGCGCCUCGAGGCAUCUUACACUGGUCCUGAUUCAGGACAAAGACAACUCUUCAUAGACAGCUGUGUUGCCACUCUGUCACCUGACGCGACAUCAAUCCCCAGAUACUAUUUAAUUGAAAACCAUGGGUGCCUCAUUGAUGCGACAGAGGACAAAUCAAACGCACUGUUCCAACCCAGAAAGAGGGCUUCUUCUCUUCAACUGCAGCUCGAUGUCUUACUGUUUCACCAGGAUUCAAGGAACACACUAUUUAUAACUUGCCAUUUGAAAGCGACAUCUGAAAUGUGGAAGAGCAGCCCCAUCAACAAGGCCUGCAAUUACAUACAUUCAAGAUGGAUAAAUGUGGAUGGGAGCGAUGUGUGUCAAUGUUGUGACAGUACCUGUUCUCCCAACGACUCUAAAAAUCUGAGACGACUGAUCCCAAAAGAUGUGGCCUGUGAAACUGUAACACUUGGUCCUCUGAUGGUUUUCCCCAGCAAGUAGGCAAGCAACAAAGACCAUAACAAAUGUUUUGUAUUUUAAUGAUCUUGGC